GCUCCCCACCCCCUCCUUUUUUUUUUUUUUUUUUUUUUUUGACAGUCAGUUAAUAAAGACUCAACAAUAAGCAGCUGCCAGUGAUGUCAUUUGGGACUUUGUCCACGGAGCUUGUAUUUACAAGCUCGGAGCAACCGCGGAGCCGCGUGCACGGAGGGAGCAGCCUCCGCAAACUUGCUCUGAAGUCUCUGCAGGACUUUGCUGCCGCUCCGGGCUCCGGCCGGUCAGGAAAACCUCCUAGCGCGGCCUUUUAAUGCUUCAAAAAAUAAACAGAGGAUAACUCGCUCACUCGGGAGGAAAGUUUUAGCUGGAGAGAGUGUUGCAGUUCCUGUGUCUGUCUCCAGGGCUGUGAUAGGUGUUGACUGAAGCGCUAACUGCAACUUUUCUAUAUUUGGGGACAUUCCUACAUUAUGACCACCUCCUCCCAACAUUGAAGCUGGGACUCAAAUUUCCAGCCUCCCUUGCAACUGGGAUGCACACAUAUGACUUGAGGCCCACCAACCAGACGUACUGUGAGAGAACUCAUUCCUGAAUGACCCUGGAAACAGAGGGGGAAUUCUUAUAAAUCACAAAGGAAAAUAAAUAACUUCACCCAUGGAGGGAAAGAGACAGCUUGAGAAAAGGGACUUUGGAAAAAGGCUGUCUCUAGACAGCAGUCUUGUGGAAUACAUGGACUCCAAUAAAUACAUUGAGCAUCUGCUAACUCAACUUGAGGAGAAACACAGAAGUCUCUGGAGGGAGAAACUGGCUGUGGCCCGACUGCAGCGAGAAGUUGCCGAAAGGAGAAGUGAGGGCGCCAUGCACGAGAAGCUGAUACAUGAAUUGGAAGAGGAGAGACACUUACGUCUUCAGAGUGAGAAGCGGUUGCAGGAGGUAACACUGGAGUCGGAGCGCAGCCGGAUUCAGAUGCGUGGCCUGCAGCAGCAGUUCUCCAGGAUGGAAGAAACAGUACGAAAUCUAUUGCAGAGUCAAGGACCUCCAGAGCAGAAAAAAGAAGACACUGUUAAUAUAAUGGUCUAUCAGGAAACGCUGUCAGAAGAUGAGAGAAAACACAAAGAAGCUUUGGAAGAUCUUCACAUGGCAGUCGAUGAAGACUCCAGGAGCGAGAGCAGCAGUGCAGACGAGGGCAAAGAGAAGACCAAACUGCUGUUGGAAAGGCUCAAAGCUCUAGAGGCAGAGAAUUCAGCACUGGCUUUGGAAAAUGAGAAUCAAAGGGAGCAGUAUGAGCGAUGCCUCGAUGAGGUAGCCAACCAAGUUGUUCAGGCUCUGCUCACUCAAAAGGAUCUAAGGGAGGAAUGCGUGAAGUUGAAAACAAGAGUGUUCGAUCUGGAACAACAGAACCGCACAUUAAGCAUACUGUUCCAGCAGCGGCUUAGGCCAGCCUCCGACCUCCUCCUCCAGAAACUUCACUCACGCAUCUUACAUCUUUCAUCCGGAGAUCUGCUAGCAGAGGUGGAAAGGAGCCGGAGUCUGACACAGACACGGAGCGAUGCCGAGACGCACGAAUGCCAGCUGAGCGCCAAGCCAGGAGCCCCUGCCUUGAAAGGCCCCAGCUCGGGGGUUGCCCUCCCUGGUCACCUCUGUCCCCGCAGUCGCUGCAGCAGCAGCGAGCUGUCCCUUUCCAGCACCUGCAGCGAGUACUCCAGCGGCUCCUCCUGCACGUGGCACGAUGGGAAGAACCUCAGGAAAAAGCCAUCUUCACAAAACUGGGAUAAAAGGCUAAGUAUUGGCUCCUCCCUCCCGAGCGGCUUUGCUAGUCCUACCGAUGAACUACCUCCAACGACCCGUAUCAAGGAAAGCCACAUUCUGGAAGGACUGAGGAAGCUGCAAAAGCGGAGAGUGUUACUUGAACCCCCCUCAGUGAUAACCAAAUGGGGCUACAAAGAUUGCAUGAACUCCAACGAAGGAAUAUAUUCUCCAGGAAUUAAGAGCAGCCCCAAGGAGCAUGCCCCCUGCAAAACAGCGGACCUGGGGGGCGGCUGCAGGGAGCCCCUCCAGGCAUUUGUUUAUGACACAGAUUCCCACGACGACCCCAACGAGGACCCUUCCGCCUUCGCAUGGACCCACGCCCUUCCCAGCCAGGCCUGCAGACUGCACGGCUGCAAGCUGACCCACAGCGUCUCCGACAGUCUGUUUAGCUGGGAGCUGCAGGGAAGUCACCUUUCCGAAGGCCCCUCUGUCUACCCCGGAGAGAGACCCGAAAAGCUGAGCAGCUGUGCCAGCGGCUGCUCCCCGGAGAGGAAGCAGGCGCCCAAGGGACAGAGAGAGGGGGGUCCCAGCAGCCGGGGCCAUGUGGCCGUCAGCCUCCAGCUCUCAGACACCGACGACAACGACACCCUGGACGAGCUGCACAUCGGGAGCAGCGACGAGAAGAGCCCCUCGGACCUGUCACUGGCCACCGACACCGACAAGUCCACGGAGAACCUGGAUGCCCCGGUGGGGCUUGGGAGGAGACCUCCGCUGGAGCCCCCCGGGGAGGGGGACCAGGCGCCCGGCCGCCCGGAGAGGCCGCGGACCUUGGGCUUCCUGCGGCAGCAGCGCGUGGUGCGGAGGACGUCCUCGGAGGAGUGCAUGACGGUCAUCUACGACGCGGAGGACGGCGAGCCCAUCGAGUUCAGUUCCCAGCAGACCGGGGUGGUCACUGUCACCAGGAACGAGGUCUCCAUCGCCCAGGCCCAGCGCCCGGGACCCGCUGGCCUCCAGCCCGGAGCUGCCCGCGGCCCCGCCUUCACCUCUGCAGAGGGGCCCGCGGGGGUGGCAGCCUGCAGCAUCCCGGGGGGCCCAAGGGGCGGCGUGGGGACCCUCCUGGUCCCCGAGGCACCUGCCGCCGGGCCCCUCAGCCCCAGGACGAUGGCACCGCCAAACAUUCAGAGACAGAAGCUGGUCGGACCCACGCGGAGCACCGGCCAGAGGACCUGCAGGUCCCCGGGAGCCGUGGGCCUCCACCUGAAGCCUAGUCUGAGCAAAAUCCCCUCCAGGGGCAAGCCCUCCCCGCAGAAGCCCAAACCCACGGAGCCUGAGGCCUGCAGGAGGGGGCCCUCCUCGGGCCCCAUGACCCCCGAGAAGGCGCCGGCCCCGGCUCCAGGGAGGCUGCCCCGCGGCAGGAGGGCCGAGGGUCCCGCGCCCCCUGCUGACCUGCAGCCCGACGCCCACUCGGCAAAGCGCGGCUCCCAAGCGCCCCGCCGGAGGGAGGGGGCCCAGGGCCCUACGAGCCAGCCGUCAGCGCCCCUCGGGGGGCCCGGGGGCCACGGAGAGCCCCUCCCGAGGGACAAGCCCUGCCCGGGGCCUACAUCCCCUCCCCCGCCGCCCCCUCCGGGUAGGUCGGUGUCCCUGCUCCUCAGGCCCCGGUAUGACUGUGGGCCGCCGGCCCCCGCCGCCCGGCCUGAAGCCAGGGCCUCCAUCGAAGCUGCACGGGCUGCCCUCAGGGCUCCCCUCCUGAAAGGAUCCUCCGCGCCUGCCAUCUCCUCCAGCCACACAGAAGCGCUGGGGAGGAAACCUUCCGUGGCCUUCCAGAAGCCCCUCCUCGCUCACCCCCUGGUUCCCCGAGACACGGGGGUGCAAACCAGAUGCCCCACGUACACCCCCUGCAGCUCAUUGGCCGUGAUGGCCCCGGGGCCCCCUAAGGGCUCUCCAAAGAGAGGGAUCCCCAACACACCACCUCAUCCAACCCUUGGGGCCCCGCACACGGACACGGGGUUACGGGUCCCCAAGAGCUGGCCUGCAGCCCAUGAGCCACUGGAAGCAGCGGCCUCGGACAGUCCGUCUCCGGGGAGAAAAGGACCAGCCGAUGACAGCGCCUCUGCGUCGCCCACGCCUUCCUUCCCGGGGGCGAACGAGCCGCCUCCAUCUCAGAGCAUCAGCCCUUCCGCCCCCUGCAGAAGCCAUAGCGCCCCCCACGGGGGUGCGCACCCCCCUGAGAAGGGAGUGAAGCCGCGCCUAGCGGCCGGGCUCCGGGCCCUCCUGAGGUCCCCGCAGCCGCCCAGGAGGAGCUCCACGGUGCCCGGGAAGCAGGAGAAAGACAGCCUCAACGAGGCCUCCCGGAGCUCCGCGGCCGCCAGCAAGCCGCGGCCGGCGCGCUCGGGGAGCCCCGUGGGCCCUGAGGCCGCCGCGGGCGCGGGACACAGCCCCCCGCUGGGUUUCGGGGCCCCGGAGGGCCUGGCCCUGGCCGGGGGGCUGCCCCUGGAAGCGGCCACGCCAGAGACACUGGAAAACCUCGCCCCCGGGGCCCCUGGAAAGGACGGGGCGGACAGCAGGUACGUGAAGAGAUCCCUCUCCUCCAGCAAGCCGCACCCGAAGCCGGCCCUGGGCAUGAAUGGGGCGAAGGCCCGUAGCCAGAGCUUCAGCGCCCACGCGGGGGACAAGCCGCCCACGGAAGGGCCAGGCAGGGUCCGAACUCAGAUCAUCACCAACACAGCGGAGAGAGGCAGCUCCCUCACCAGGCAGAGCUCCUCUGAGGGCUCCCCCAGCAAGACCUCGGCCGCCCCCACCCUCGAGGGUCUCCCUGGCGGCGCUGGGCGGCCCCCGCAGGCGCCCUCCAGGCAGGGCUCCCUGGGCAGCACGGGCAGCGCCUGCAGCCAGCAGGGCAGCCCCAGCAGGUUGCCUUUGCGGGUCCCUCCGCCACCAGAGGGGCUCCUGGCCACACCUGGCCCCCAAGACCCGCAGGCCUGCAUCCAGGGAGGCUGCCCGGGGGUGGCUGAGCCUAAAGGGCCAGGCAAUGACCCAUGCCCACGGGCCCCGCAGAGCCCAGGGAGCACCCAGCGCCCAAGCGGCUGUGAAACCAGCAGGGCCGCCAAGCUAGAAGCUUCUGGGAGGCAUGCAGAUCCUACUAUCACCAGGACUGCGGCCGCUGCGAGCCCAGAAGCCCCCCUCUCCCCCUCCAUCGAAGAAAAGGUCAUGUUGUGCAUUCAGGAGAACGUGGAGAAGGGCCAAGUGCAGACAAAGGCCGCGUCUGUGGAAGCCAAGCCGCGGCCCGGGCCUUCCUUCGCCAGCUGGUUCGGUUUUCGGAGGAGCCGCCUCCCCGCUCUCAGCAGCAGGAAGAUGGAGGCCUCCAAACCCAAAGUGGAGAAGAAGGACGCCAAAGGCCUGGGCUUCGGACACAAACAGCUAAAAGCCGAGCGGAAGAAGGACAAGAAGAAGCCUGAGCUGCAGAGUGAGGUGGAGAGUGAGCCUCGCAGAGACCCAGAGCUGCCGGGUCCUCCAGACGCUGUCUUCCACAGCAAAAGCAGUCGGAAAGCAGCGCAAGACAUCUGCGAGCAAGGGAAGUGUGAACCCAGAAACAGACCCAGUCCUGUUGCAUGUCCAACAAAAGACACCUUUAUGACCGAGCUUUUGAGCAGAGUUGAUAAGAGAGCAGCUCCACAGACAGAAAGUGGAUCAAGCAGUGUUUCCUGCCGGAGCGUGAUAAAGGGCAGCUCCCAGGGCUCCUGUCUCACCAGUGGCUCCAGCAGCGCGCAAGGAAACCACAAGAAAACCCUCAAAGCCAAAGCCGAGGCAGACAUGCCCAAGGGCUCCCUGGUAAAAGAGACAACUGAAAACCUGAAAGAGGAUGAAGAAGAUACAGUUGUAGAUUCUGCAUUUCAGAGCCACAUCAUAGAGUCCAACUGCCAGAUGAGGACGCUCGACAGUGGGAUCGGGACUUUCCCACUCCCAGACUCCGGGACUCGCUCAGCCGGACGGUACAUGUGCCAGGCAGAUCCCUCCGCGGACACGGAGCCUGACCUGUGCCUCCAGCCGGUCCUUUGUGCAGCCCCUUCUACCAGAGCCCAGACCCUUGAACGAGAAGUGCCUUCCUCCGCCGACAGCCAGGACUUUGCAGACAACGCCAUCGUUCACUCCACGUCCGACCCCACCAUGACCGCCAGGGGGACGCGACCUCUGCAGAGUCGUCUCCCCAAACCAGCCUCCUCAGGAAAAAUCCAUUCCCAAAAGCAGAAUGAAGCCGAGCCAUGGCCUCAGACCUGCUCGUCAGUAUGUGCUGAGAACACACUGGCCAGGGAGCUGCUUCCAGACUGGCGGGGUGAAGACCCCCCCGCGGACACCCAGAAAUUGAAACAAGUUGAAGAAACAAAAGAGGAUCCUGAGAAUAGAUUAUCUAAAAUUUCCCUGGAGUCGUUCAAUAAAUACAACAGCAAUACUGUGAUUUUAUUAGAAAAAGAGAAGAACUCUCCGAACAAGGUUGAAGGAAGAAAGGAAGAAAAAGAAAAAAAUGAGGAGGCCUCUUUGAGUAGCUCAGACAGGCCUGGGGUAGACAAUUUGGAAUCUUUGAGUGAUUCUUUGUAUGAUAGCUUCUCUUCCUGUGCAAGUCAGGGUUCGAAUGAUGCAUAAAGGACUUUUCCCCCCUUAGUGAGCUGGAAAUGGAGCACCUCAGAAACAGGGUUGGGAGGGGCAGGCAGAGAUGACAAUAAUAAACUAUUACCACACCAGCGCCUGUGCUUUCAGGCUCGCAGCAGGGGACCCACUGGAGCUUUCUUCUCUGACAGGGCAAUAAAGACAGACUCCAUGUGUUGUUUCCUAAGGAUUAAAAGUAAACACACCCACAAUGCAGAAGUCUUAAUUUUGCACUUUUUAAAAUACUUUGUACAGAAGUUGUAAAUUUUUUGGAAAAGAAGUUAUAUUUGUAGGAAAAAAGAAAGCAAUAAGUUAAAUCAGUGCCAUGCUCUUGAAAUGAUGUACUAAGUCUUUCAGAAGUGGAUGAUAAUAUAUUUUUAAGAUUCCAACUAAAGUUUUUGUCCAGUUCAUCUUCUUGUGCUUAAAUUGUUUGUGGGUUCACUCCGAAAACCUAAAACAGGGCCUGCAAAAACAAAAAACAAAACACAAAACUAACGAACAAAACAACAACAGAGACUCAUUAUCAUCUCCAACUCCCCAUCUUGAUUUGAUAUAAACUUUAAUUCUAGUGUAACUUCAAAAUUGUUGCCAGAACUAUGGAGGCUUAGUAAUGAGCAUAAUUCCGCUCCUACUGAGAAAUGUAAAGAGAACUGAAGUGUGACACUGAUCCCUGGGGAUGCGUAUCAGAAGUGACCUGAUUCUAUUUUCAAUAGCAGAUCUCCUUCCCAAACAUUUCCUUCCACCUCCUCUACUUAGUCCUUCACUAUGAUUCGGGACACUUUUGUUGAUUUUUAUUUUCCUGCUCUUUUUAUUAAAAUCUGGGCAAUUUAGAGUGAAAGCAAAUUUCUAUAUACAAUGUUCACUUAAAAAAAUUUUUAACGGUUGGUGCUAUGAAAAAUUCUUACUUUUUAAUAUCCCUUUUUUCUACAAAGUGUUUAUAUGUAAGGAUAAAUUCUAUUUUAAAGGUUAUGUGUAUUUUUUCUAGAUGUGAACUAUUUAUAAUGGUUUUUGUACAGGAGCUUGUAAACUAGGCGUAAUAGAAAUAUUUUUUAGACUCUGUAUAGUUACUUUAGUACACACCUGUUUCUUUAAAGACUGUUGUAUGAUCAGUGUUAUUUGGUACAUUUGUGCAAUUUGUUAUAUUUGGAUUUAAAUGAACAUUAUGUAACGUGUCGUCGUCUUUCAGACCUUUAAAAAUUCUUUUGAUUCAUUUCUGAAUAAAAGUCAUAUCACAAU